GCCAGGUGCUCCCUCCCCGCCUUCCUCCCUCCCCUGGGCCCUGCUCCCUGCCCUCCUGGGCAGCCAGGGCAGCAAGGACUGCACUGAGGGAGCUGCCCCAUGGACAGGGCCCCACAGAGACAUCACCGAGCCUCGCGGGAGCUGCUGGCUACAAAGAAGACCCACACCUCACAAAUUGAGGUGAUCCCUUGCAAAAUCUGUGGGGACAAGUCAUCUGGGAUCCACUACGGGGUUAUCACCUGUGAGGGGUGCAAGGGUUUCUUCCGCCGAAGCCAGCACUGCAACGCGGCCUACUCCUGUACCCGCCAGCAGAACUGCCCCAUCGACCGCACUAGCCGCAACCGGUGCCAGCACUGCCGCCUGCAAAAAUGCCUGGCCCUGGGCAUGUCCCGAGAUGCUGUCAAGUUUGGCCGCAUGUCCAAGAAGCAGAGGGACAGCCUGCACGCAGAGGUGCAGAAACAACUGCAGCAGCAGCAGGAGCAGGCAGCCAAGACCCCUCCUGUGGGGGGCCAAGGCAUGGACACCCUCACCUGCACCCUAGGGCUCCCAGAUGGGCAGCUGCCCCUGGGCUCCUCACCUGACCUGCCUGAGGCCUCUGCCUGUCCCCCUGGCCUCCUGAGAGCCUCAGGCUCUGGGUCCUCUUAUGCCAACAACUCAGCCAAAGCAGGGCUCAAUGGGCCCUCAUAUCUCCUUGAAUACAGCCUCGAGCGGGACAAGGCUGAGGGCAGGGGCAGCCUUUAUAGUACAGGCAGCCAGCUGACCCUUGACAGAUGUGGACUUCACUUGGAGGAAUCCAGGCAUCCUGGGCUUGGGGAGCCAGGACAGGGCCCAGACAGCUACUGCAGCCCCCGAUUCUGCAGCACACCAGGGGCACCUUAUGCCUCCUUGAUGGAGAUAGAGCACCUGGUGCAGAACGUCUGUAAGUCCUACCGAGAAACGUGUCAGUUGCGGCUGGAGGACCUGCUACGGCAGCGGUCCAAUGUCUUCUCUCGGGAGGAGGUGACUGGCUACCAGAGGAAGUCAAUGUGGGAGAUGUGGGAACGCUGUGCCCACCGCCUCACCGAGGCCAUUCAGUACGUGGUGGAGUUCGCGAAGAGGCUGUCAGGCUUUAUGGAGCUCUGCCAGAAUGACCAGAUCGUACUUCUCAAAGCAGGAGCAAUGGAAGUGGUGCUGGUUAGGAUGUGCCGGGCCUACAAUGCCGACAACCACACAGUCUUUUUCGAAGGCAAAUACGGUGGCAUGGAGCUGUUCCGAGCCUUGGGCUGCAGUGAGCUUAUCAGCUCCAUCUUUGAUUUCUCCCACUCUCUAAGUGCCUUGCGCUUUUCUGAGGAUGAGAUCGCCCUCUACACAGCCCUUGUUCUCAUCAAUGCCAAUCGGCCAGGGCUACAAGAGACAAGGAAAGUGGAACAGCUGCAGUACAACCUAGAGCUGGCCUUCCAGCACCACCUCUGCAAGACUCACCGCCAGAGCCUCCUGGCAAAGCUACCACCCAAGGGGACGCUCCGGAGCCUGUGCAGCCAGCACAUGGAGGAGCUGCACGUCUUCCAGCACCUCCACCCCAUCGCCGUGCAAGCCGCUUUCCCCCCACUCUACAAGGAACUCUUCAGCACUGAAAUCGAGUCACCUGAGGGGCUGUCCAAGUGAUCUGAAGGAUGGACUCCUCUCCCUACAGCCUGCUGGCCCCCUCCCUGGACCCAUCCCAGCUUCAGCCUUUGUCUUUGUCAUAAACCCAGGAGGGCGUCCCGUCUGCUCCCUGGGAGUGAGCAGCUGCUGAAACUGCUUUUCUG